AGACAUAGAUCCAACCCAAGUACACCACAUUUUGAUAUUUGAUCUAAAUCUUAAUUAAUUUUAACUUCUCGAAGAAUAAAAUGAAACAUGCAGUUAAAUAAGUUGAUUAUUUAUGUGAUUAGAUUUCACAAAUUUUUGAUUGGGUGCAUAAUCCAGAUUCUCCAACUAUCGUUUUCUUCAUCUUUCAUUCGCCAACCUCUGCUCUGUCUUCAUUGUUCACCAAGCAAUUGAACUCUUUUGGGGCCACAUUACUCAAAUCAAAGCAAGUUGGUUUCUGGAAUUGGUAGUUAGAGAGUUACAUGUGUUUUGCAAGCACAUGAUGACGGCGCAUAACAUGGAUCCUGAUGUUGUUCGAUGGGGUCUUCAUCUUCUAGAUGUUUGUACUUUUUCUCAUGGUCGUACCCCUAGUGUUGAAACUCGAUGUGAUCCCGAUUUAAGUCGAGUUGAAUAUGUUAGGGAAGGCUUCUGUCAACCUUUGUAUGUUGAGGGUGACGAGGCUCUUGCACGUGCAUAUCAAGACGAGUUGUCACAGCUUGAUUCCAUGGGGGCUGGUGGGACGAAGGAUUUUGAGAAUGAGCAAGUGCAGGCAUCUGUUAAUUCGCGAGACUGGCUUUCGUCUUCUAAUGGGAGCUAUAACUUUGAACCCCGUAGGUGAGUCAUGUGAUACGAAAGGAGUGCAGGAUUGUGGUCCAAGUGGAAGGGAAAACGAUGCGCAUGAAGUUGGAGUAUUUAGUUCUUCUAAUGGGUCAGGAGAGAUACCUGCCACUAGUGAUGACAUGUGGUGUCCAUUGGAAAUAUCGGAUGAGUCUUCUCUUGACGGUGAAGUAGGCAAAAGAUUCAAUCAGAUGGUUCCCGUUCCUCAUGUUCCUAAAAUCAACGAAAAAAUACCAUCUGAUGACGAAGAAAUAUCAGACCAUCAAAGGCUGCUUGACAGACUGCGGUUAUAUCAACUGGUCGAGUCUAAGGUUAAAGGAGAUGGUAACUGCCAGUUUCGUUCUUUGUCAGAUCAACUCUAUCGCUCUCCAGACCUCCACGCUUUUGUACGGGAACAAAUUCUUAAACAGCUCAAGUCCUACCCAGAAAAAUAUAUGAAUUAUGUUCCUAUGGAUUAUAGUAAAUAUUUAAUGGAUAUGAGCAGGAGUGGUGAAUGGGGCGAUCAUGUCACGUUGCAGGCUGCUGCAGAUUGGUAUGGUGUCAAAAUAUUUGUGAUUACAUCUUACAAGGACACAUGUUACAUUGAGAUUCUACCGGAGACACAGAGGUCUGAAAGAGUAAUAUUUCUGAGCUUUUGGGCAGAGGUGCAUUACAACUCAAUUUAUCCGGAAGAAGAAAUGCUUCCAUCUUGUGCAAAGAAAAAGAAAAAAUGGUGGAAUUUCGGCAGUUAGGAUCAGUGCAGAAAUGGAUGCAACUAUUUCAUGCAUCCGUUGCAGACAAAAGCUGACCAUAAUAAUUUUGGCUCUUAAAGGCAAUUGGUUCAUCAGUAUGACCGGCUUUAUAAUCAUCUGAGCUUUUAUUCUCAGCUGAGCUGCAUAUCUAUUUAGUUAUAUAUAUAUCUUGAUGCUGCCAGUGCUCAGUGCCAGCGCCCAGAGCUUAGAGUUGGUUCCUCCCUCUUCUCCUCCUUUUAUUCUAUGUAUAUAAAAAUAGUAAUACAAUAAUAACAAUAAUAGUAAUAAUCAUAAUAAUAAUAAUAAUAAUUAUAAUAACCUUUAUUUUCGGUCUUGUACAGUAUUCAUUUGUAUAUAUAUAUUUUUGUAUCUAAUAAGCUGCCUAUUGUUUUAGCACAUGUACUAACAAAAAAAGUGAGUGGAAUUUUAUCCAUCA